AGGCAUGCGGAGCGUGAGCGUGAUGACGAGCGUCGGGCCAACCGACAGCGACAGGUCAGCUGGGGUCACCCACCACGGCACAGCGUUCUCCUGCAAUGUCACCCCUUCACACCACGUUACAGCAACAACCACAAGGACUAUGGCAAACGAAGUCCAGUUUCGAUUCGAGUCACCCAGAAGAGACAUGCGGAGCGUGAGCGUGAUGACGAGCUUCGGGCCCACCGACAGCGACAGGUCAGCUGGGGUCACCCACCACGGCACAGCGUUCUCCUGCAAGGUCACCCCUUCACACCACGGACAAAGUAGGCUGAGAGCUCUAGAAUUUGAGGCGAAGGUUGAGCAGCGGGAAGGCUACCUCUCAUCAUCGGAUCACGGCUGGUAUCAACCCCUCCAUAUUACAUCACAGGUCUCGUCUAGCACCGUGGAGAGGAGUACGGGGGGCGCUUCGCUGCAGUUUUUGGAUUUCACGUGGGGUGCCCCUGAGCGGGCACCAGCGCGGGGCUCCUACAAAGCCCGUGUUAUGCCUGGCACCGUCGCCAAAGAUGUUGGACUCGAGACUAAGCCUUUCUCCUGGUCUUCGAGAGGACCCCUCAAGCAUCGUGAUCCGACCAUCACUCAGCAGUUCAAGCCGGCUACCGAGGCCCGAAGGGAAGGCGCGCUGUACAGCGGCUCUUCAUCGGCGCAUGAAGAGUCUUCAAGAGCGACCGAGCCCAAGCUGACCGGUCCUGUUGUGUUGAAUACUAACCUGCUUCGCUCGGCGACGUCGGAUAACGAUGAUGCUCACCAGGACAUCGGUUCGCCGGGCAGCUUGCCUGAGGAACUCGACACAACGUCUCCUCCGUUCAAGCCUUCUGCGGGAGAAGAACCAGGGACUUACCACUUCGCUACAGAAAGGGAAGAGGAAACGGAAACGGGGGAGGAAAAGGCCGAGGAUGAGGAGGAGCAUAAGGAAGAGGAGGAUAAGGAGGAAGAAGAAGAGAAUGAGGAGAAACAGGGCGGAGACUCCGAUGACGAGUGUAAGGAGGCUCACGCAGAAGAGGGGGAAGCUGAAGAAGAGAAAGGCAAGGAGGACCACAGAAAGAAGAGAGAGAGAAAAGGAAUCAAAGUGGCCGUAGUCGUCCCCGUGGCGGAGGCUCACGAAAAAGAGAAAAGCAAUGAGGGCCACAGAAAGAAGAAAGAGAGAAAAGAAAGCCAAAUGGCGGCUGUCGCACCCGUGGUAGUCGCCAAAGCAUCUGGGAAAAAAUACUCAAAAAAGUCUGAAGACGCAGAGAACAGCGACAGCGAGGCUUCUGCCGGACAAGUCGACGAAGGGCGAAACCCAGAGACUGGAGUCUCUGACGCUGUCUGCCCACGGGAUGAACUCUCUUCUUCUGAAUUUAUGUCAGCGAAAGAUAAGCAUGCGCCAUCGAGGUCUAAGCCUAAGGCAGCUGCCUCCAUUGUAUCGCCACCGUCCCGCACCGAGCUCACUUCAGAACAAGAAGAAGAAGCGGAUAAAGCUGGCGAACAAAUGGACAAGGAACUGCGCGACCUAGAGUUGACCACCGUGGAACUCUAUCCCGAGAGCAGGCUGGUAAUUCUGCUGGCGAUCCUUUGUCUAAUCUGGAUUAUAUUUCUCGUACUGUCGGCAGCGGUCAAGCACGGCCUGCCUCCAACAACGGACGAAGAGUCCACAAUAGCCACAUUGGUCACAACGACACAAUAUCCUACUUGGUGGACCCCUGUGACGCAAGUGACACCGUCGACCAGUUCCACCAACACCUCAACAACGCAACAACCGCUGCAAGGGAAUUUCAUAUGCUCGAGCGAUUACUGCCAAAGGGAAGGCAACUACCUGCGCGCUUUGACCACUCAUUCCACGAAGGAAGCAUGCGAAAACUUUUACGAGCACGUUUGUGGUGCUUGGAAGAAGGUCGCUUCUCGUAUAAUCCAAAAUGUGGCAGGCGCAGCAUUGUUGGCCUUCAUAAAGGACAGGGCGCACGCGGACGUCACUCCCGCCCGAAAGCUCUACAAUAUGUGUAUGAACAGAGGUGCGGCGAAUGCUGCGCUCUUGGACGCAAAGAAGCUGCUCCGCCAGUGGGGGUCAGACUGGCCGCAGAAGGACAGCGCUAACAUCUCUCCGACGGACGUGUGGCACUUUGCUGCCAAGCUGAUGCAGGUGCUGGGCGUGCCGUCACUCGUGGGAAUCGAGAUUGGCCUCGACCCGUGGAACAUCGACCUGAACAUCAUCGAGCUGGGCCCACCGAGAACAGUGUUCUUCUCUAAGGACGUCUCGGAACCUCGGGUCAUGAAACUUUUCAGUGACGCGACGCGCACCGCAGCUAAAGCGCUGGACCCGAACGACGCAAGCGCUGCCAACGCAGCAGCCAAGGACGUCAGCAUCGCCUUAGCCAGUAUCUCGCUUCUCCAACUUGACGAUCUGGGAACGUCGCCUCUGGAUUUCCAGGUGAUUAAGUUCACUUCCUUGGGGAAAGGCGUGCAAUACUUUCUGCGAACCGUCUUCGCGAAUAUCGUGACACUCGAUACUAGCACCCGGCUUCUGGUCCACCGAAGUCCGCUGGUACGUCGAGAGCUGGACGAAACGGUGAAUAGCUUGCCUCCUCGCGCCAUGCUCAACUAUCUGGGCCUGCUCGCUCUCGUGGCGCUGUCUCCAUUUCUGCCGGAGCAGCUGAGUUCUCUCCGCGUGCUCCAUUCGGUGCACACGCUUGGACGGGCCGAGAUCGGGAGCAACGACGUCCUGUGUCUGCGCGCUGUGAGCCAGGCUUAUCCUGCUUGUCUGGCAACAGCGUCGCAAGCGUUAUACAAGAACACGCACCGGUCCGUGUGGCUGUCGCAGCUCGAGUCCCUGUUUGUGGGAUACGUGCGCAACGUCGUGUGGAUGGACAAUCUGACGUCCUUGUUCGUGCGCUAUAAGAUGCAGCACCACCGCUUGGCGCGCUUUUUUCCCGUCUGGCCUUUGGGCGACUGCAAUUCUACGACCAGAGCAGCGUCUUCCAAGGCCAUUAACGCCUUUGUGGACGCCGUCAGACUGCGUCAAACACAGGAGCUUGAACAGUUAGUCACAAGAGUUAAUGGAGAAUAUCUUAGUAACCUGCGACUCGCUGUCUUGCUGACUUGUAAAGCCUCCGCUGCAAGCGAGCACCGGCUCACCGUUGUCGGUGUGGCCCGGUACCGGCUGUGCCUGCAGUUGUUUCAGAUCCCCGCAGGGCUGGUCAAUGGGUCGGUGCCGGCCAAUAGCAGCGUGUUCGCGCUGCACCUAUCGCGCCUGGCGGUGCGGCUGUAUGCAGCGCUGGCGCAGCUGCUUUACGAAGGCACCGUGUACGAACGCGAGAUACCGCUCUAUUUCACCGAGGAGGCGGAACGCACGCUCGAGGACCUGCUCGACUGUUUGGUGUGCGACGCGCGGCGUCGCUUCCCGCACGGCCUCCGAGCGGAGCGGGUGCGCUACGCUCUGCUGGAACAGGUGCUGGCCCUCCAGCUGGGUUUUCUCGCCUUCCGACGCCUGCUGUCCGUACGGCGCAUCUGGAGCUUCGACUUCCGGUUCUCGACGCUGCCGGAAGUGUCGUCGGACCAACUGUUCUUCCUCUACUACGCAUUGGACCACUGCGAGCUCAGCGACGCCGUAUUCGAGUCGCACCAGUUCGAGGCUUACCGCCGCCUGCCCGCCGCAGUGCGCGUCAACAUGGCGGUGCGCCAAUCGACGCAAUUCGCACAAGCAUUCCGCUGCCCGUCCACUUCGCCCAUGGCUGCUGGAGAGCUGUGCCAAGUUCUACGAUAGGGGAGGGACAAACCCACACGAUCUCUCGGCAAAGCAGGAUCUACGGGCGAUAGCAA